UCCAUCAUAUUGCCCUUAUGCGCAUAGGUGGCAGCCUUGAAAGCAGAGGUGGAACACUUGAUGACCUCCUUCAACAGCCACCGAGAAGACCUUCAAAAACAGCUGAUGCAAGUGCAGGCGGAUAAGGAGGCAAUGGCAGAGAUCCAGAAGACAUUUGAGGAUGAGCGAGCGCGGUUGGAUUGUCUGCAGGAGAGCUUGGCGGAGAAGGAGGAAGAAAAUGAAAACCUGCAGAAGGAGAAGGAGAAUUUGGGGAAGGAGGUUGAAAGAUUAAAGGUAGUGGAGGAAGAAAAAACAAAUCUAGUCAAAGAAAAAGACAGUUUGGAGGAGAAUUUGAAGAAGCUAUUAGCCAUAGAGGAAGAACACAAGACACUACAGAAGACACAUACCGAACAAACCAAGAAGGCGGAGAGUCUGAGUGCUGAAAACAACCGUUUGGCCCAGGAGAAAGAUGAGUUGGCUAAGGAGGUCAAGAUGCUGAAGAAGCUAGAGGAAGAAAGAGAGCGGUUGUCAGGUGAUGUCCAGAAACUCGAGAAGGAGCUCACAAAGAUCCCCUAUCUACAGGAAGACAAUGUACGGCUGGCAGACAAUAUAACGAAAAUGACUGAGGAGAAAGAGACCCUGGCUGCCCGCCUGAAGAAGAUGGAGGAGGAGGUAAAGCAGAAGAAGCAGCUGGAAGAAGACAACAUGAGAAUAAAUUCAAGCUUGAAGAAUGUUGAGGAGGAGAAGAACAAGCUGAUGAUUGAUGUGCAGAAACUGGAGGCCGAGGCUGCCUCAAAAGUAAGGAAUCUGGAGGGGGACCACUCAAAGGCCCUAGAGACAGUCAGAUCCCUAGAAGAGGAGAAGAGGCAGGCAGCUGAGGAGAUAUACAAGUUGGAGGAGGAGGUGAAGAAACUCAGAAAAUUGGAGGAAGAGAACCUUACUCUGGAGUCCAAGAACAUGGCUUUGGUGAAGAGUAUGGAAGAACUCAAAAUCAGCCUUGAAACGCGUGUUGGAGAGCUGGAAACCGAGAAGUUUAAUGUGAUUGAAGAGGUUGUAGUACUACAGGAACAACUCACGACUGCCAAGUCCAGCAUAGAGGAAAGAGAUCAGAAGAUGAAGGAAAUGGAAGAGGAAGUCAGCAACGUGUCAAACCUACGUGCUAAGGUUGAUCUUUUGGAGAAAGAAAAGAGGAGUUUGGAGAACAAGAUAGUAGAUCUCAGGGUCCAAGUGGCAUCUACAGAAAUCACAAAUAAUGAUUCUGAUAACUUUGUUAAGGAAUUGAAAGAUGAAAAAGAUCAGCUGGAAGGACAAGUUAACUUCCUCAAUACUGUUAUCGUUGACAUGCAGCGAAAGAAUGAUGAGCUCAAGACACGCAUAGAGAUCUUUGAACUUGGAAAUGUGUCUGAUGACACUAAAGCUAAUAUGAAUGGAAUGAGUCCCAAAGGACGUUAUGUAGUAGCUCCGAGAUUAUAUUGUGACAUCUGCGAUUGCUUCGACGCCCACGACACAGAGGACUGCCCGAAACAGGCAUCAUCAGACUCUCCUCCUCCAUCACAACACCAUGGGGAACGAGGCUCAACGAGACCAUACUGUGAUACUUGUGAAGUUUUUGGGCAUGAAACCGGGGAAUGUAAUGAUGAUGAAACCUUCUAAAUCGGCUGUGAAUCUUAAUUGUUAGAUAUUAAUAUUAUUGUUAUGACAUGAUAUAUGCAUAUAGUUUUGGUACUGCAAAACCUUCUUGGGAGUGUUCUUAAAAGAUAAGCUUGUAAAUAGGUCAAAAGUCCACUAGGCAUUAAGGUAACCGACUUGUUAAAGGCAUUUGUAUGAUAGCUGGACUGUCUUAUAGGCUUUUUAACUUGUGUCUUGUUUUGCAGUGAUGCAGAGUGUCUUGAAAAUAGAAGCAAUAAUUUCUGGCCUUAUAUUGAGGAGUUAAAAAUGAGCUUACUUAAUAGCCAUGUACUGUGGCAUGUAUUCAAUGUUGAAAAAAGGAAAAUGUUAUUAUUUGCACUUCUUGUUACUAGAAUUUAUGUAUAUAAAAUAUAUUAAACAUCCUCUACAUUUGUAAAGGCUUACAGAAUGUGAAAAUUGGUGUUUCAAAUAAAAUUGGAGAUAUCAUAGUCCAUCUUCAAACCUAUAUCUUGUGUCCUCAUCCAAAUUAUAAUCAAAAUUUAUUUUAUAUGCAUCUUAUUUUGUCAUUCAAUUCAGAAUUUUGAGAAAUAUUGUCCAUCUACUAUUUUGAAUAAAGGAUAUUAAUGUAG